UUUUACCAAACGAUCACAUGAGCAUGAUGUUGAUUUACUUGAUUGUCCACAACGACAGGAAUUAGAAUGUGAUGAAUGUCGUAUAAUCCAACAAGAUGAAAAUUUAGCUCAAGCAUUAUCAAUUAAUCUCAAUGAACGACGACCAUCACCAAUUGUGUAUACAAAUUUCUUACGUGAUUAUGCCAGGAGAAAUUUAGAACUUGUUCAAGCUAUUGAACGAAAAUUUAGUCUACUUGUUACAUAA